UCAAAGUUCAUCCGCCAAGGAAUGGACGAGCUCAACGCCAGGUUCGACAUCCUCGUCCAACUUGGACCGGUCCAUCGCUCCCGUCUCAUAGGCUGAGUCUCAGAGCUCGUCAACUUACCCAAGACUACUCCCAAAGCAUGCCGUUGCCUACGUACUCACAUGCUGCCGUGCAGACAGAAGAGGCAUAUCUGCGCCCGUCGUCUGAACAACUUGUCUUCGAGCACCCAACACCGGUGGCAUCCAUGCAUCUCUUCUUCCCAAGUUCCCACCGCAUUGCUCGUUACCAAAAGAGGCAGCGUCCUGAUGCCACACCUCGCAUUGAUGCCGUCUGCGUCACACCCCUGAACCUCAAGCCCGUUUCUCCAUACUAUGUAUGCAUCCUUGGUAUUUGAACCCUUCUCACACUUCUUAAUCCUCCGCAUAUCCUCGCUCCCCUGUCCACCUCCCAGUUGCCUUCCCUGCCCAUCCUUUCCACCUCCCGCGGCCCCUUGUUCCCUCUCUGCCACUUCGCUUCGUCUGCGAUUGAUUUCCUGCCAGGGGCAAUUCGCUCGUCUCAGCCAGACUACUGCUGCUGCUGAACCUAGCAUACCUACUCUGCCACUAGCCUACUAUUAGCCUCACGUUAUUCUCCCUCCCGAGUGUCCAUGUCUUCCGACACUUGAUAUAAUUCGUCCUGUUCCCGCUGUUCACAAACCCUCUUGACCUCAGUCUACUCGACCAACCGACAUUUUCAAUUCUCGCCGUUCACUCGUUCAUAUACACUCCAGGCUGAGCCUCCAAUAUCCGAUAUCUACACCCACAUUCCUCAGUGUUGUCAUCGAACUUGCACACUGUCACCUCCCACUCUCUCGGUACCACCCACAUCCACCAAGCUUUAGACGUACCAAGGUGUCGGAAACGUCUCCUUCUCGUUCAAAAUGCAGUCCUCCCGCUUCCAGUCCAUCACCUCCCGCUUCUCUCCGAGCACACUCAGAACCACCUUCCGCCGCUCGUCAUCAGCAUCAUCCCGUGCCAGCAGCGACCGAGGCUCCUUUGCUACCACGGCAUCGUCUCCCGUCAGCACAAUCAACAGCAUUGUCUUCCGUCAGCCCUCGAUGCUUGACCUCGAGGAAGAGCGCAAGAGCUUUGGAAGCGAGCUCAGCAUCCUUGAGCCACGCCCUGUUCUCUACUUUGGCAGCGUCGAGGAACGUAUUGGAUCACUAUAAGCGCCAAUAUCACACUUUGGUCACAUGUUUUUACGAACGGCGAAGACGAUGGACUUUCGACACGCCAUUAUGUUUAUGAGCCCCGGAGCUCUUGGGUCUGAAUCAGAUUAGACGGGGAUUUGUUUUCAAUGGGAAAGCUUGGAAACACAGGCGGCGUUUAGGAGUUUGGCUCCUGAUGGACAAGCCUAGAACAGGCGUCCUGGGAGCCACUGAUUUCUUUUACUGGCUGGAGGCCAGAUUACCACUGUCAAGAUAUCGCCAUGAUGCGAUUAUGAUAGAGAGAAGCAGCU